AUGUGGCUGAAGCUUUUUUUCUUGCUCCUCUAUUUUCUGGUCCUGUUCGUCCUGGCCAGGUUUUUUGAGGCCAUUGUGUGGUACGAAACUGGCAUCUUUGCCACCCAGCUGGUGGAUCCGGUGGCGCUGAGCUUCAAGAAGCUGAAGACCAUUCUGGAGUGCCGGGGACUGGGGUACUCGGGGUUGCCCGAGAAGAAGGAUGUCCGGGAACUGGUGGAAAAGUCAGGUGACCUGAUGGAAGGUGAGCUUUAUUCUGCACUCAAAGAAGAAGAAGCGUCUGAAUCUGUUUCUAGUACCAAUUUCAGUGGUGAAAUGCACUUCUAUGAGCUUGUAGAAGACACAAAAGAUGGCAUCUGGCUGGUUCAGGUUAUAGCAAAUGACAGAAGUCCUUUGGUGGGUAAAAUCCACUGGGAGAAAAUGGUGAAAAAGGUGUCAAGAUUUGGAAUACGUACAGGCACGUUUAACUGUUCCAGUGACCCCAGAUGUCCCAAAUCGACAUGUCCAGGCAAAGGCCCCUCCCCAGAUCUUCAGUUUCAUGUACAGCUGUCUGUUGAACAGCUCCUCCGAGAUGCUCUUAAGUAACUAGAUGAUAAGCUCCCUGAGGACAGGAGUAAUUGUAAGGUCGGAUCUUAACGAACGAAACAGAGGAAAGCUUCGAGUGAGCUUUAUUAGGGAGCGCUCCCGGGCGAGGUUCACUGGUCCGAGAGAAAGGGGGCCAGAGAAGUCGCGCCCGGGUGAGGGUUGGGCAAGAUUUUAUAGGGGAAGAAGGGAAAGGGGUGUGGUGAAUCUAGGAGGGCGCAGGGUAUUCCUUAUUUGGUGGUCUUUUCGGGUAUCCUGGGGGGACCGUUAGUCCCGCCCCUCGAAAGGCGGGAAGGCUGGGCUGGUUUCAAAGUCCCCAGGUCAGUUCCUGGAACUGGGUGAUCCGGAAUGUCUCCAGGGCAGUUUCUGGAACUGGGUGGUCCGGAAUGUCUCCAGGGCAGUUUCUGGAACUGGGUGAUCCGGAAUGUCACUAGGGCAGUUUCUGGAACUGGGUGGUCCGGAGAAUUUCGUUCUGAUGCAACCUGUGAAUCUGAUUGUGUUCCCCUGCCUCGGGCCAGUUGGCCUUACAGUAAUGUUAUAAUCUACUGUUAUGUCUUUAACACAUUAGACCCAGAGUAGAUAAUCAAUAAUUGUUUGCUUGAAUUUAAAAAAUAUUUUCUAAUUUUACCCUUUACCAAACAUUUUACUCCCCAUCUAGUAUAGGUGGAAAAGAUAAAACAGAAGAGAUUAUAUUUUUAGUACCCAUUAAUAGUGAUGAAGAUAUCAAUAUUUAUGGCCUACUCCAAGAAAAAAAAUCUUAACUUUUUUCCUGCAGUAACAUACUUUUUAAAAUUAUCUCUUCUUUAGAUUAUGUGGGAGCCUGGAAGAUUAUUCAUGUAAUCUUUCUCCUUGCUCCCUCAUUUUCCCCCUUGGUCAUUUUAUUAUUCCUUAAAACUCUACCAAAGGGUCAAAAGGUACAGAGAGAAGUGUUGAGUCCUUUUUGCUAUUGGAUCUGAUUAAAAAUUUAGAGAAGAAAAAAUGGAUUUAAUUGUUUAAAUGUUACUUUUGAAUCAUCUGUGUUUUGAUCAUUCUGUUCUUGCUCUUUGUUGUCAGUAAUAUGAGUACAUUGAUCAAUUUAGGCAAUCUCUUUGUUUAAUUUUUUGUACCAUCUUCUCACCAAAGGUUUUCAUUGUUUUGUAUACAGUAGAUCACUUUACUUUCUAAUACUCUCUAAUAUCCCUAUGCAACAGGUAGAACAGAAGGAAUUCCCACUUAAUAAAUGAUCAGAACUCAGGACAACCACCGUAGUUAAAGAUAUGACUAUGUCAGGGCCCAUGGAAGCAGACUUUGAGUAGGGAGCGGUGGGGCAGCUGUGUAUAUACUCCACCUAAGGGUUGGGAUUUCUUUUUAAAACAAUGUGUCAAGCAGUCAAAGCCGGUGGUGAUGGCCUCUUUGUAACCUGUGGAUAAGAGUCUAUCUACCUACCUUGUUCAGGUUCUUUCUACCAUAUUUUCAUUUUAAAAUAAGUGCAUUUGUAGAAAGUAUAACUAUAGGAAACUGACUUUUGUCAAAAUUAUAUUCUCCUUUACUCUGGUGCUAAAUUGCUUACUUGUUUUUCACAUUCUCUUGGUGGUUUAUGCUCAUGAUGGGAUAAUAGGCUCUUCACAUUGUAUGUUAAACAAAUGGUGCUUGAGUAUUUAUUCACAGUCUGUUUUAAAACUCAUUCUUAGUAUUGACACAGAGGAUAUCUAACUGUAUUUGUAGCAUAUUUAUCUAAUAAGAAAAGAGCUUAAGAAUACAGAGGCACCCAAAAAGAUGGGUGCACUAUGUGUUUCCUUUUUGUUUUGUUUAUUUUCAACUUUAUUGAGAGAUAAUUGACGUAUAACAUUAUGUAAGUUUAAGGUGUAGGAUGUGUUGACUCGAUACAUUUAUAUAUCGCCAAUUACCACAGUAGCAUUAGCGAACACCAUCAUGUCAUACAAUUACAUGAUUCUUUUUCUUGUGGUAAGAACAUUUGAGAUCUACUCUCUUAGCAACUUUCAAAUAUGUAAUACAAUAUUGUUAACUAUAUUCACAAUGCUGUGCAUAAGAUCCCCCAAACUUAUUCAUUUUCUAACUGGAAGUUUGUACUCUGACUAACGUCUCCCCAUUUCUCCCACCCCCAGCCCUUGGUAACCACCAUUCUAUUCUCUGUUUCUGUGAGUUUGGCUUUUUUGGAUUCAACAUGUAAGUGAUAUAUGUA